AUGGCUUCUGCUCGUCGAUUCGCUCUCCCUCUCCUCGGUCUCCUUUCCGUGUUCGCUUUUGUCCGAGGUGAUCCGAAUGUGGCGGCAGUAAACAAGAUUUGCAACGGCGAUUCUUACGAAAGCAGCGAUCCUUACGCGGACAGCGUGUCAUAUGUCCUCGAGGAUAUGGCGACCGUGACAGCGAACCGCCCCGGCUACGACUACUACACCCAUUCUCCUUACGCAGAAGCAACCGCUUACGGCCAUGCUUUCUGUGAUUCAUCGCUUUCGUAUACCGAUUGCGCUACCUGCGUGAGCCAUGCCAAGAGCAGGAUAGUCAACGAAUGCGGCAAGAGAAUGGGAGUUCAAAUGCAGCUUCAGCACUGCAAAAUGAGAUACGAAAAUUACCAGUUCUCGGAGUAG